AAUCACUGUCCAAAUGCAUCGCAGCGUGGGGCACGUUGGCCAGCGCGUGCACGAUUCCCAGAAUGCCGCACAGCGUCUGCACUGGCUGGGUUGCAUGGUAUACGUCCCCGCGGGUGGCCGCCCCCCCAUCUUCUCCGCAGUGGUGGACGGCCCGGGACAGAGGCAGGACGAGAGCGUGCACAGGUGUUCCCGCUACGCUGCGCCGUGCAGCGGUACGCCUGGGGCAAGCUGGGCCUGGCGAGCGAGGUGGCGCAGCUCGUGGCGGCCAGCGACACCGCCCAGCGCGUCGAGCCCGAGCAGCCCUACGCCGAGCUGUGGAUGGGCACCCACCCGAAGGGGGAUGCACAGAUCCGGGAUGAUCGAGUGCAGCCGCCCACGCUAUCACAGUGGAUUGCAGCUCACCCAGAUUCACUGGGAUCGAAGGUCAGGGAUCGCUUCGGCGAUCAGUUGCCCUUCCUCUUCAAGGUGCUGUCCGUCAACAUGGCGCUGUCCAUCCAGGCGCACCCCAACAAGUCUCACGCCGAAGAGCUUCACGCCAAGUUUCCUCAGCAUUACCCAGAUGCCAACCACAAGCCCGAGAUGGCGAUCGCCCUCACACCGUUCGAGGGCUUGUGCGGAUUCCGCCCGACACAGGAAAUCCUGGAUUUCCUACAUAACGUUCCCGAGUUGCGGGCCGUGGUGGGAGAGGGGGCGGCCGCGGAGCUGCAUGGCGGCGUGGGAGACGACGCGAAGGUGGCGGCGGCGCUGAAGCGCUGUUUCGCCGCCGUGAUGACGUGCGACAAGCGGCUGUUCGCCGAGCAGCUCGGGGGCCUGGUGGCGCGCGUCUCCAAGGACGCGGCCGAGGGCAAGGACACCUCACCGAGUCUCGGGCCCCUCCUCCUUCGUCUGCACUCCCAGUUCCCCGCUGAUGUCGGCUGCUUUGUCAUCUACUUCCUCAACCACAUCACGCUGCAGCCCGGAGAAGCAAUGUUCCUUGGCGCUAACGAGCCUCACGCCUACCUGUCCGGAGACUGCAUCGAGUGCAUGGCGUGCUCCGACAACACGGUUCGCGCGGGACUCACGCCCAAGUUCAUCGACGUGGACACGCUGUGCGCCAUGCUGCACUACGCGCCGGCGCCCGCCGCCUCCAAGCUGUUCCCGGCGCGGCCUGACCCCUCGGACCGCGCCGCCCUCGUUUACGACCCGCCCGUGCCGGACUUCACGGUCAUCCGUAUCGAGGUUCCGGCUGGCGAGUGUUCGUACACACUGCGCGCGCUGGACUCGGCGAGCAUCGUGCUGACGGUGCGGGGCGAGGCGCAGGCUCAGGCCGCGGGUCGCGCCGUUGCGCUGGGCCGAGGGAGCGUGGCGUUCGUGUCGGCCGGCGAGAGCGUGCCGCUCACCGUGGGGCCCCAACACGGCCUGCUCAUGUUCCGGGCCUGCGCGCUCCUCUGAGUCGCACACCAUGCGUGUGUCACACGUGUGCGUCGCGUGUGCGUCGCGUGUGCGUCACGUGUGCUGUGUGCAUGUGUGUGACAGCCGUGCGACGCUUGUGUUGAAAGUUUCUGUGUCGCGUGUGAAAUUUGCGCGUGGAGCGGUUGGCACCAUCCACACUGUUAUAAGUUCUCGUCCAGCCAGGGGGCGCUGUGGUGAGCACUUGCAACUCGCAAUCGUAAGGAUUGUGACUUUCAAAUUGCCUGCGUCCCCGACUUACGAGCCAAGCAGAGUGCAGAUAAGCAUCCACUUGUUAUUAGUAUUAGCAGCUGUUUAUCUACACUACGGGAAACAUCUUUCAUGUGCUCGAAUGAAGAGUGAUCAUUGCAUGGCAGCGUAACCAAAUGUCGCCGAGAGACUGAAUGCAAUAGAUAACAAUGAAGUAAAACACAACAUUUAAUAUGAUGGGGGGGGGGGGGUUUGUGGCAGCGAUGAUGAGACCAUCAACUCUCGCGACUUAACAAUCCGGUUUAAUUACGGAAAUAUGAACCCAGGAUCUCACCCUGUGUUUCCAUGGCCGUGCCAGCAAGGCUCCGCUUCUUGUGCCAGUGCUGUGGCCGAACGGUCUCACUUCCCGCGGCCCUUGCCCUCCUUCAUCCCCCCCUUGUCCCCUCUUCCCAAUUGCAAUCUUUUUUUUCAUCAACUUUCAAUGGCUUGCCUGCUUGAAUUGUCUCGCACUAUCCCAGGCAGUCAUAUAUUUAGAAAUGUUUGAAGCGUCCUGCGUCGCAUCUUUCUGCGUCGAUCCCGCUGGUGUGCCCACUGGCAGUCCGCCACAGCUUGCUUGGCCGUGUCGGGCUGCCGUGGCCAUCUGGACACGACCCACUGGCCCGGUCCAUGAACCGGGAUGGCUCGGUUUAAAGUGGUCACGCGUCUCUGCUCUUUUUGUUUUAGCACUACUGAGCCACCUGACCACCUCUCUGCAAUCGGCGUCAAGACUUUCUGCAUCUCUUGUGAGAAUACCAAGGGGGAUGCAUGACAACUGGACUAAUUAAGUCACGUGAUAACCAUUUAUGAAAUGGCACACUGUGCAGUACCUGCCAGUCAACUUGCGAACAAAUUCCAGUUUGGAAACUCAAAUGUAUGGGUGGUCGCAAUGGGUCAUCUUUUUAGUUGUAUCCAGGUAUAUCGUCGCGUUUUAACAAAAAUAAACUCGCCACAUUUGUCAUUUACACUGCCUUAUAACUGGAAUACAUCUAAUAAGCUAACGUGCAUAAUGAUCCUUCGGGAUUUCUGCCGUCAGCAUCUGCACCGAGGACCGAUUCAGAUUUCGCUCACCACUGGUGUUAGCCAUCGCUGGGAAUCGAACUUUGGUCACCAGGUUAAUAGUCCAGUAGACCAACCACCGUGCCAUUGUCCAAAUGUAAUUAUGGGCCACACUGUAUAUUUCCUUCCGUGAUGAGGCAAGUGUUUAUCACACGUGUGGUGAGUUUUUGUGUUUCUAUGAAGGGGUAUUAUUUCACUUGAAAAGUGAGUGCAUGCCACCACUGAAAUGUUUGCAGACGCACUCUUUACGUGCAGUGCAUAGACGAGUGUCCUUAUUUAUUCGAAGCUAAGAUUACUUUACCUAAGGGUACUUUACCUAAGCGUGUUAAAUUAAGAAUCGUGUUGGUACAAUCGAAGACAUUUGGGUUAAAACCACUUUUUGAAAUAUUUUAUCGUUUUCAAUAAAGCUUCUUGUGCAGAACUGCACGUGAUGGUUUCA